AUGUUAGCCAACUCCACAGCCAACACCAAUAUUACCAACAACUCCAUUCCCUUCUGUCCGGACUACCGACCCACCCACCACCUUCACUUUGUGGUCUACUGUGUGGUGCUGGCCGCUGGGAGCCUCCUCAACGCACUGGCCCUCUGCGUCUUUCUGUGCCUGCUGCGCGCGCACUCGGUAGUGAGCGUGUACAUGUGCAACCUGGCGGCCAGCGACCUGCUCUUCACCCUCUCGCUGCCCUUGCGCCUCUUGUACUACAAAUGGCACUACUGGGCCUUUCCAGACUUCCUGUGCCAGAUAGCGGGCGCCAUCUUCCAGAUGAACAUGUACGGCAGCUGCAUAUUCCUGGCGCUGAUCAACGUGGACCGCUACGCUGCGAUCGUGCACCCGCUGCGCCUGCGCCACCUGCGGCGGCCCCGCAUGGCACGCUACCUGUGCCUCGGGGUAUGGCUGCUCAUCCUGGUGUCUGCUGUGCCCGCGGCCCGCGUGCACCGCCCGUCCCGGUGCAGAUACCAGGACGGGGAGCGCGAAGGGGAGGCGCGCCUGUGCUUCGAGAGCUUCGGCGACCUGUGGAAGGGCAGGCUGCUGCCACUUGUGCUUCUGGCCGAGGUGCUGGGUUUCAUGCUGCCCCUCGUGGCCAUUGUCUAUUCAUCCGUCCGGGUCUUCUGGACGCUGGCGCGACCCAGUGCCACUCAGAGUCACAGGCGGAGGAAAACAGUGCGCCUCCUGUUGGCCAACCUCAUCAUCUUCCUGCUGUGCUUCAUACCUUACAACUCCACGUUGGCUGUCUAUGGGCUGCUGCGGAGCCAGCUGGUGGUGGCGAGCGAGGCGGCCAUUGACCAGGUGCGCCGGGUGCUGAUGGUGAUGGUGCUGCUGGCCAGUGCCAACUGCGUGCUGGACCCCCUAGUGUACUACUUCAGUGCCGAGGGUUUCCGCAACACCCUACGCAACCUGGGCACUCGGAUCCGGACUAGGACCUUAGCCACCCCCAGAACUGGGGAGACGCUGCCUGAACUUUCCGCUGAGACCACCCACACCAUUAGGCCGGACGCCACAAGCCUGCUCAGGCCCUCCUGUCCUCGAACUCCUACCCAGUGCCGGGAGGAUUUGGUGCUCUGA